AUGGCGAGCAUCAAUAUUGGUGGCGAGAAUGCGGGCGACGCAUUCUACCGCUACAAGAUGCCCAAGCUGCAGGCCCGGAUUGAGGGGCGUGGAAACGGCAUCAAGACCAAUGUGGUGAACAACGCGGAGAUCGCAAAGGCGCUGGAGCGCGCGCCCGACUACGCGCUCAAGUACUUUGGCUUUGAGCUGGGUGCCAUGGUGAACUACGACAAGAAGAGCGGCAACAGCAUCGUCAACGGCGCGCACGAGGCGGGGCGGCUGUCGGAGCUGCUGGAGGGCUUCAUCAAGAAGUUUGUGCAGUGUUACUCCUGCGGCAACCCCGAGACCGUCAUCAAGAUCAAGAAGCGCAGCGAGACGAUUGAGCUCAAGUGCAAGGCGUGCGGGGCGGUCAGCGAGGUGAGUCCCAAGGAGAAGCUGGUGGGCUACAUCAUUAAGAACCCUCCUGAGGACAAGCUGAGCAAGGCGGAGAAGAAGGUGAAGAAGGCUGAGAAGGAGCGGCUCAAGGGCCUGGAAGAUCUGGAGAAGAAGAGGAGGAAGGAGGAGAAGAAGAAGAAGAAGGAGAAGGGCGAGGAUGGGGCAAACGGGGAGGACAAGUCGCCUGAGUCGCCUGAGGGUGGCGGCGAGGAGGAUGAGGAUGAGGAUGAGGAGGAUGAGGACGAUGUGGAGUGGCUGGCCGACACCUCCGAGGAGGCCAUGCGCAAGCGUGCGGCGGAGCAGCUGUCGGCGGCCACUGCAGCCAUGGUGAUCCAGGGCAACAUAGAGGCGGAGGCAGAAGCGGCCCGGCUCAAGGCCGAGGCCGAGGCGGAGGCGGCGCGGCUGGCGGCGGCGGAGGAGGAGCGGCUGGCGGCGGAAGCUGCGGAGAAGCUGGCGGCGGAGCAGGCCGCCACCGACCCCAACGUCUGGGCCGUGCGCGCCAUGGUGCAGGCGGGCAAGGGCUCCAAGGCCGUGGCCGACGCGCUGGCGGAGCUGCCUGUCAAGGGCGGCCCCGCGGCGCGCAUGCACGUGCUUUACGAGGCGCUCUUUGCCAACGCCGGCGCCGGCGCCAAGCUGACCCCGCUGGUGGUGGAGCGCAAGAAGUACCUCAAGGCGGCGGCGGCGGACCCUGCCAGCCAGCUGGCGCAGCUGGUGGCGCUCGAGCACUUGCUGGCUGUGGAGCUGCCUGAGAGGAGCCGGGAGGCACCGCUGGUGCUCAAGGCCCUGUACGACUCGGAUGUGGUGGCCGAGGAGCUCAUCCUGGCCUGGUUCCACAAGGCCACUGCCGGCGGCGUGCUGGAGGUGCCCGCGGAGGGCGGCGCGCGGGUGCGCGAGGCGGCCAGGCCGUUUGUCGAGUGGCUGGAGCAGGACACCGAGACGGAGUCGGACAGCGAGGAGGAGUAG